AUGAUACCUUCCAUAAUUCUAACAUCAUCAAGUGAAUCAACAACAGGUCCUCAACGUGAUACCAUUAUUAAUGAUGUAACAAGCAGCUCUUCACAUUCAAAUGAUGAAGAUUUUCUUGAUAAUACAGAAAUGAUCAUAAAAAGAGAACAAAAAACACAUUUAAACAAGAUGCAACCGAGCAACACUUCUGGUAUUCUGCUGUGUCUGGCUCUUGUUGCGGCUAGUUUGGAAAGUUGUCUAAAUUUGGGAAGCGCUGCCAACUUUACGAUAAUCGGUGCAAGCUCAGUUAUCAAUGCUGACUUGACUGUAAUCAACGGCAACGUAGCCAUCAGUCCAGGUAUCACGUUGACUGGUUUCAAUCCAUUUGGUGUGAUCAACGAUGUCACUACAUUGGGUACUAGUGUCGCUGGACAAGCGCAAAAUGACGGGUGUUGA